GCGGCUGCGUCGGGCUGCAGGAGAAGAUGGCGGUCUCCACAGGAGUUAAAGUUCCUCGUAAUUUUCGCUUGUUGGAAGAACUUGAAGAAGGACAAAAAGGAGUAGGCGAUGGUACAGUUAGCUGGGGCCUUGAAGAUGAUGAAGAUAUGACACUUACCAGGUGGACAGGCAUGAUUAUUGGGCCACCAAGGUUAAUUUUAUUAUUUUUCCCCUUUCAGGUGGAUGCACGCAGUAUUCCAGUAUUAGCAAAAUGGCAAAAUUCCUAUAGUAUUAAAGUUGUACUUCAAGAGCUAAGACGACUAAUGAUGUCCAAAGAAAAUAUGAAACUUCCACAGCCACCAGAAGGACAAACAUACAACAAUUGAUUUUAGUAGAUCUCAAACUUGUCUUAAAUCAACAACCUUCUAUUCAUGUUAAUGUCUUGAUUAAGUAUCACAAUGCAAAAUACCCACACAUUAAGUGAAAGAAUUCCAGCUGGUAAACAUGACCUGGACAUUUGCAAAAAUAGACCUAAUAUAUGUACACCCAUUAUGUUUUCAAGCCACAAGAGGAAAAAUGCAGCACUUCUACCUUAUCAAAGUACUGUCACUUAAGCAUAAACCUGGAGUACUGAAAACAAUUCAGGUGUACAAGAUGAAAGCUUGCUGGAGAAGUGUCAGGUUGCUGUGCAAGGAUAUACUCAUGUUUGUGACAACCAGUCUCCAGGAGGAAACCAUCAAGGGCAUGCUUUAUCCAUCUUGCUUAAUAAAAGAGCUGCAGUAAAAAUUGUGUAAAGUAGUAGAUACAAUGAAUAUUGUUGCAAAUUGUGUUAAAUUUUUAAGCGGUGUGGGUGCUGACUACUAUUAGUUUCAAAAAUAUGUUCAGGAUUGUUUUGAUACCUGUAUUUAUAAAUUUUAAAAGUGGGGGGCGUUGAUGAACUUCUGUUAAGUCGUUUCUGUGUAUUACAUGUAACACAUGGUAAAUAUUUGUUUACAGUCUUAGUUUAAAACCAUGCAUUUAAGUUUAAGUGAAACCAACACAAAAAGAAAAAGGUGUAUGGAUAAGUGGUUUUGAGAUGGAAGUCUUAAAAAAUGUAAAUAAAAUGUGGAAAGUGUCUCA